UUAUAAAAAUGGUACAAACGACAAAUAACGAAUCGACACUACAGCAAUUCCAGCUGCUACAAGAGACGCAAGCACAAAUCGAGAUUCUUAACACACAAAUCACGAAAAUAAACCAACGAAUAGCGACGCUACAACUAAAUCAAAAACGAUCUGAAGCAGCCCUGGAAGCAAUAGACAAUACCCGAUCGGGCCAAAGAGUAUACAAACAAGUCGCAAGAGUAUUAAUAUUGAGGGAACCUGGUGAACUCAGGGAAGAAAUAGAUCAAGAAAAGACUAACGCGGAAGAAAACCUACCCAAGCUAAACACAGUCAAAGCGCAACUAGUAGCAAAGCUAGGAGGACUUAAUGCACAAUUUGUAGAUAUCAAUACCCAGCUGAGGCAUUCAUUACUAAGCCAAAAUCAGUAAACACGCCGACU